AUGUUCAUCGUCGGUUUCGCGUCCACGAUAGCGCUGGUGACCACCGUUGCAUGUCUGGUGUCAAUUGCAGUUAUUGUAAGCGAUAUUAACGAUCUACGUGACAAUAUACUCAGCACUAUUGGUAAUUUCAAGGAUGUUGCUGACAGCACUUGGAUAGAAAUUGUCAAUCUAAACACUCAUCCCAAUGGUAAUCGAGGUGCUCCAUCCACAUUCGCAAGUAUCUUCGGACGUCACAAACGAGCUAGUUUCCCACCCGAGUGCAAUUGUGGACCUCUACCUGAAAAUUGCCCUCUGGGACCUCCAGGACCACCUGGUAUUUCCGGCUUACCUGGACUAGACGGAGAAGACGGGCCUGAUGGACGUCCUGGAGGAAUUGCACUUGCUGUCACGCACCGUAUUCCAGGCGGAUGCAUUGAGUGUCUUCCUGGUCCUCCAGGCCUUCAGGGUCCUCGAGGAAGUGCAGGACUUCCAGGGCGUGAUGGCGAGCGUGGGCUUCGUGGACCAGAUGGCGAGAUCGGAAUUCCAGGACCGAAAGGUCCCGUUGGAGAACCCGGUCUCGCAGGAAUUCCCGGUAUUGCUGGAAAAGAUGGUUAUCCCGGAGCACCUGGCUGCCGUGGCUUACCUGCAAUGCCUGCACCACGAGGCGAAAUGGGUCCCAAAGGAUAUCCAGGAGGUCAGGGUAAGAUGGGGGAAAGGGGGCCGCCAGGAGAAAGGGGACCCGCAGGACCACCAGGGCAUCCUGGUAAUCGUGGAACUCCAGGUCCUCCAGGAACGAAUGGGAAGCUUGGGAUGCCUGGCCGCCCUGGACUAGACGGGGGAUACUGUCCUUGCCCUCCGCAUGGUAGAUUACGACUUUGA